AGGCAGCGCGAGCGGAAGCAGAAGAGGACCCGUUGAAGUGAACAUGGCGCUCUCGCGUCCGUGUGCCGCGGCGUUCUGGCAACAAACCCACCAUUUUAUGUUCACUUUUGUGGUUCUUGUCGUUUGGCUGAGCUCACUGUCGACCUUGGCGCAUAAGAACCACCUGAGAGUGAUUACUGACAACAACUGGGAGGAAAUCCUGGAAGGAGAGUGGAUGAUAGAAUUCUAUGCCCCCUGGUGUCCAGCCUGCCAGCAGCUGCAGCCUGUGUGGAGUGACUUUGCAGAGUGGGGUGAGGACAUGGGAGUUAACGUCGCCAAAGUGGAUGUCACAGAACAGCCGGGUCUGAGUGGACGUUUCAUUAUCACAGCUCUUCCAACAAUAUAUCACUGUAAGGAUGGCAUUUUCCGGCGGUAUCAAGGCUCACGCACCAAGGAUGAUUUCCUCAGCUUCAUCGAUGAGAAGAAAUGGCAGAGCAUUGAGCCCGUGUCUUCCUGGUUUGGGCCUUCCUCUUUUCUGAUGAAUGCAAUGUCGGCGCUUUUCAAGCUGUCAAUGUUUAUACGGCAAUGCCACAACUACCUCACUGAGCAGAUGGGGAUUCCAGUGUGGGGAUCUUACACCAUUUUUGCCCUUGCCACCCUCUUUUCUGGUCUAACUUUGGGACUGAUUUUGGUUUUCAUCGCAGACUGUGUCUUCCCAUCACGACGAUUCACCUCACAAACCUAUCAGAAGAAACAGACCCUGGAGCAAGCUAGGCUAAUCAAGCAGCUAGAGGAUGAGCAUGAAGCAGAUGGGGAGGAUGAUGAUGAUGAAGAGGAGGCUGAUGGAGAACAGGAGGUAUGGAGGAAGAGGAGGACAGGGCUGCCUGAGGGCCAGACAGAGUCCAAAGGCGAUGGGCUCCCAGAAGAUGCUUUGCGGAAAAGGGUGCGCGAUUCACGCGUACAGGAGGAGGACACUUAGAUGGGACCAGAGCUGAAACCCUAACGGCACACUGUACAGCAGGAUGCCUGGACCGAACAGCAGUUGACAACAGGAACACCAAGUCUGGUUGCCUAUUUUUCCUGUCCUUCUACUGUCUGCCAUGCUGAGAGCUCUCUGGAAUCUUCUCACCAGAAAAUUGCUUGUGUUACUAGCACUCUUUCCCAGUUGAAGCCAGUUACAUCCCUUCCAUUCCUUGGAGCUUUAGCUUUAGUUCUUAAAUGCGGUACACUGGAAUUCUGCAUUUCUGUAUAAUUAUUAUAUUAUUCCCACUAGAAUUCCUUCUGGAUCACUAUGGGCAGGUCCGUUUCCAUGUUCCAGACUGCAAAACUAUCUUUUGCUUCUGACUUUUAAAAACAGCUGUAUUUUCCUGUCCCAUACACCUUAACAUGACCUCUUUGCACAUUUCAUUUGCUGUAUUACUCCGUUGGAAGCGCUAGUGCUGAUAUUUAUUUCUGUUGAAACAAGGACUCCGUGUAAGAGUGGAGUAAAUGGCUUUUAGUAUGAAGAGUUGGAGGAUCAGAUCAGGUGGUUUACACCUAAAAUCCACUUUUAUAGCAAUACAGGCGGCUGUCCUGCUAAGUUCUGUAUGUUUUGGGGAUGUUUCUUUACAAAAACCAUUCAAGUCCUCUUAUUUAUUCAACUUGUUUAAGUUUCAUAAAAGAGGUGCUUUAUGUGUGAAUUGUUAGAAUUUAUCUCUAGUUUUGUAACAUUAGUUUAGCAAUAUUUUAAGUUUUUGUAAAAUUGUACAGCCCCCGUGAUACCCAUUCAUCCGUAUUACAUAAGUGUGUGUUCUCUGCAUCGUGUGUGGCUUUACUUUUUUGGUUUCCUUAAAAUAAUGAAUGGUAUCUAACCAAAUGUUAUUGACAUACAACCAUGGAAUAAACUGAGAUCUUAAAGGUCUUUGAAAACAGUAUGUAUCACUGUGCAAAGAUCAGUUCUGCUAC